GCAAGAAGAAUUCCCUGUUGUGGAAGUGGGACAAAGCAAUUUUAGCGAAGAAGAUAUCAAAGAGCUAGAGACUGCAUAAUUAAAAGGGGAGCAGAGACACGAACUUUUCUUCCUAUACUGAGAGUGGUUGGCGAUUGAGUCUCAACCUUCUCUCUAAGUCUUCAAAACCAAAACCCAUUUCUACCACCCUUAUCACCUCUCUCAUCGUCUGUUCGACGACCAACUCUGCAUCGAUUAAUUUGGGCUCCAGAACCAACUCAGGAGAUGAUUAAGAAGUUCACGUGGAAAUCCCUGGUUCCCUGUUGUUUUCAGGCUGAGAUCCCACUGGAAGAACCCACCAAGAAAAUAGUCAAGAAGCAGAGUUCUUUUCAGAGGAUAUCUGUGUCGGAUAUAAGCCUCUCAGGCCCAUCGCUCUCGGCCGAUGACAUCUCGAGUUCUCUCAUAGGGUCCAAUCUGCACGUCUUUACGCUGGCAGAGCUGAAGGUGAUCACGCAGAGUUUCUCGACAAGUAAUUUUCUCGGCGAAGGGGGAUUCGGGCCGGUUCACAAAGGGUUCAUUGAUGACAAGCUCAAACCUGGAUUGAAGGCUCAGCCCGUGGCUGUAAAGCUGAUGAACUUGGAAGGCACGCAAGGCCACAGGGAAUGGCUGACGGAAGUGAUAUUUCUUGGGCAACUGAGGCAUCCGCAUCUGGUGAAGCUGAUAGGGUACUGUUGCGAGGACGAGCACCGGCUUCUCGUGUAUGAGUACAUGGUACGAGGAAGCUUGGAGAAUCAACUCUUUAGAAGAUAUUCUGCAUCGUUGCCAUGGCUAACAAGAAUGAAAAUUGCACUUGGAGCUGCCAAAGGACUUGCGUUCCUCCAUGAAGCAGAGAAGCCCGUCAUAUACCGAGAUUUUAAAGCCUCAAACAUAUUGCUAGACUCCGAUUACACCGCUAAACUCUCAGAUUUCGGGCUAGCAAAGGAUGGGCCUGAAGGAGACGAGACACAUGUUUCAACGCGUGUCAUGGGCACCCACGGAUACGCAGCUCCAGAGUAUGUCAUGACUGGUCAUUUGACAGCCAAGAGUGAUGUAUACAGCUUCGGGGUAGUCCUAUUAGAGCUGCUAACGGGGAGACGUUCAGUGGACAAGAACCGUGGCCCUAGAGAACAGAGCCUCGUAGACUGGGGAAGGCCUCUUCUGAACGAUGUCCGUAAACUUGACCGGAUUAUGGACCCCAGACUUGAGGGCCAGUACUCCGUCAAGGGGGCUAUGAAGGCGGGUGCAUUGGCGUUCAAAUGCUUGAGCCGCAACCCCAAGUCUAGACCAACCAUGAGUAGUGUGGUUGAGACUCUGGAACUAAUCCAGAAGCUCGAUGACAUUCCAGUUGGAACCUUUGUGUAUAUAGCUCCAACCGAAGACCGUAAGGUAGCUGAUAUUGAUAACAAGCAAGGUGCUCAAGGACAAAAUGAGGACAAGAAGAAGGCAAAUGGUAAUAAUUUCCAUCAUCACCAUGGCCCAAGUGGGCCAAGAAAGUAUAAAAAGGGAGAUGAAGCACAUCAGAAGGACGAAAAAGAGGACAAGAAGAAAGAGAAUGGCCACCACAGAUACCACCACCAACAUGGGCAUAGACAAAGGAUUAGGACACCAAGAUCUCAGGCAGUAGUCCAUUCUGAUACUAACUGUGGCAACGGCUUCAACUCUCCAAAGCAGCAUGAAAAUCGGGGGAGAUAAUAGCUAGGUCUGGAGACGGCUUCAACACUUCAAAGCAUCACCAAAAUUAAGUAGACAGGGUUGGUUUGUGGAGUAGUUGUAAAUUAAAUCACACUUAAUUAAUUUGUACAGGUCUACAUUGUCUUCUUAAUUUCUUCUUUUCCUUUUCGGAUCCAUACAGGAAAAUAUCUCUUUUGAGAAUAUAUUUUGUCUCUCAUUUUUUCUUUUGA